ACACUUCCUGUUAAAGCCGGAAGAGGCGCCAAAAUAGAAACGUUUAUUUCUGUCACAGGAAAAAGGUAAACAAACGGCUCGUUCGGCGGUGUAAUUGUUGGAGUUUGUCUGACAGUGUUUGAAUGCAUUUUUACAUAAUUCAGACUCUUAUCUGAAAAUGGACCCGACGACGCGGUUCUUUACCAAGCUGAGAAGGCUGGCGGUGACUCUAGAAUCAGAAACUGCCAAGCUCCAGCACACCUUUGAGAACCGCAACAACGACGGCGACAGCGAAACCACUGCGAAAGCGAUGCGAGCAUAUCACGAGCUGAACUGUGAAAUCGGGAGCCUGAAGGGGCAGAUCCAGGAACAGUUGGCUCAGCAGAAAGCACAGGAGAAUAUGGUAAGCAGCUUCAUUGAGGCCUCCAGAGCGAAGGAACAGGAGAUCUCUAAGGACAUCCAGACACUGAAGAGACACUGGGAAAAAUAUGGUUACCAAGCUCCCCGAGACGCCCAGAGACCAACCAAGGCUGAAGAUGAAGCAGCAGAUGAGAAUGAAACUAACUCAGCAGAAGAAGAAGAGGGAAGCCAGGAGGAGGAUGGAGGUAAUCACUCCUCAUCGUCUCCAAAAGUGGGACCACCGCCCUUCACUGACGUGCUGCGCACCCCGCAGCUCUCUGACUUCGGUCUGUCUGAGAUGCAGCUGAAGAAAACGCUGGCUGGGGCGGAGUGGUGCUCUGAAGUUCCCCCUAUGCCUGAGAUGAGCCUCCCUCACCCCUCUCUCAACACGCCUGCGCCGCCACCCAUGCCCUUAACUCCCAAAUGUGCCCUGCGGAUGGAUGACGAUGAGCUACAGACACCUCAGAUGCAUGACUUUGGCAUCUCAGAGCACACCAUGUGUCUGAACAACGACUUCACUAUGGAUCUGUUCCGGAAGAACGUUGAAAAGCCCCAAAGACCACCACAAGAAAUGCCUGUACCACCAGUAAACUCUCUAAUGGAGAAUUUGCAGACAAAAGCAAACAACGUGGAGUCCCCAGAGCCACCUGUGUUUUGCACCCCGGGGUUCAAGAUCAAAAAGACAAACAGUCACUGCGCCUUACCUGCGCAGGGCAAUGGUGACCCAGAAUCCCCCGGUUGCCCUGGAAACCUGCCUUCCACCCCUGAGGUCCCAGCCUUUCAAACCCCAUACGUGAACCGACUGGUCAGCACCAAAAAGAGUGCACGGCAGCCUGAGCCUAUCAACAUGCAAGCUGAUGAUGAUAGCCACACCUUUGAACUUCCAACCCCUCCUUGUAACGGAGCAACCGGCUCCAAACGCACCUGGGAAUGCGAUGUGCCAGAGAUGGAUGUGGAGGACAAACAGAUGCCAGAGAUGCCAAACCUGGAGUCUGUUCUGGGAAAUUCUUUACAAAGUAGAAGUGCAAAAAUGCCAAAGAAGACUAGUGAGCAUGAAAAGGUGACCAAGGAGCCCACUGUCAACAGUCUGGAGCUGGACGGACCCACCCAGGAGUUCAGCUUGGGGACACCUCGCAUGUGGAUGGACUACCAAGAGCCCAGCACCCCAGAGAUGCCAGACCUCAGCUCUGUUACACAGGACAUCUGUAAACUUUGGUCCCAGGCUCAGGUGAAGAAGACUGCCACGGUGGUUGCACACCCACAUGUCAGGCCAGAAAAAGAUAAAAACAGAGCUGUGAGUCUGUCUGUGGUGUCAGAGAGCGAGUUCCAGAGUUUACCCAGCUACCUGAGGCAGAUGAGUCUGUACAGCCUCAACCAGGCAGUCCACAACAUCAACACAUUCAUGGCAGAGUGUCCAGGAGAAAAGACAGAGAUUCAGAUGGAGGAGCUGAGAAGGAUUACCAAUGUUGGAACCAAGACCCCUGUGUACGUCCUCUGUCUAAUCGAGCUCAAGAGGCUGCAGCAUGUGGGAGGAGCCAGGAACACCUCUGUGUACAAACUGAGCACACACAACUAAAGACUGCUUGGAUACAUUACACUUUGUCCAAAUGUAGUGUCAUCUGGACUCACAAAAACCUGCUAGUAUCUCCAUCUUUAAGUUACAGAGAUGCUGGUGGUCUCUUGUGCUUCUAUCAAUAUACACUGAGUAAUUAACUUUACCAGAGAAAGGUUGAUAACUUUUGUAUCCCAGAUUGUAAAUGGUUCUAGUGCGUGGCUAGUCAGUAAUUUGCACUUCUGUGGCUUUAUUCUUUUUAUUUCAAACUGACCUGUAUACAAUCAAAUCAUAACACAUUACUGCACAUAAUAUAUAAAUUAGCUGUCUAAAGACUAUUAUAGUAGUAUAAUAGUGUAACAUUAAAAACUUCAAGAUACUUAACUUUAAAAUAAAGUUGAACUAAUGAUGGAUAAAAUAUGACAGAAGUAUAAGUGUAUGAUCUGAACAACAGUCUACAGUGUUAAUAAUAAAGGCUAAAAAAGGAAAGCUUUGAUUUACAAUA